GUUGUAAACAAUAAUAUCAGUGGAACAUUUGGCUCCUGGCCAACAGUACGUGCCAGGACUAGUAAAAAGCCACAGCAACAAUGGUUACGAGCAUACGAGUAAUAGUUGGAAUUAUAGCAUCUGCAGUCAGUAUAGUCCUCUAUGCAGUUCCAAUAUUGACGUUUAAAAGAGUGAUAAAGGAGGCUAGUGUUCGAGAAUUCUCAUGUGUACCAUAUAUCCUAGCGUUGUUCAGCACACUAACAUACAGCUGGUACGGCUUUCCAGUUGUGAGUUAUGGUUGGGAGAACCUGUCAGUCUCCGGUACGUGCUCAAUAGGAGGAAUCUUUGAAACCUUAUUCAUCAGCAUAUACAUAUGGUUUGCGCCAAGAGAAAAAAGGAAAUUUGUCAUGCUAAUGGUCUCUCUAGUGCUGGCAAUCUUCUGUGUAACUGCAUGUGUCUCAAGCCUUAUCAUCCAUACCCACCAUAUGCGCAAGGUAUUUGUUGGAAGUAUUGGUAUAGUAACUGCCAUGUCGAUGUACAGCUCUCCGCUUGUAGCUGUGAAACAAGUUAUGAGGACGAAAAGUGUUGAGUUCAUGCCUUUCUACUUGUCAUUGUUCUCCUUCUUAACCAGUUUAAUAUGGAUGAUAUAUGGAAUACUAGGAAGGGAUCCUUAUAUCACGUCGCCAAACGCUGCGGGAUGUUUCACAGGGAUUCUUCAGUUGGCUGUCUACUGCAUUUACAGCAGAUGCAAGGAACCUCCAAAAAAACUCAGCGAUACAGAGCAGGCAAAUGACAUGGACGUGGUAACUACUUGUGAAGAAGCAAACGGAUUUAAGCCUUGACUACACGCUGUGCUCCAGAAAUAUAUACCGUUGUAUAGGCCAGGAACAUUAUGUUCCCAAUAACGCAUAGGCCAGGAUGUUAUUUCGGUGAAAUAAAGCUUCGUCCUUUAUUUCUUUAAAAAAAAUAUG